AUGACAAGUAGGCACCCAGAUGCUAAGGCUAAUGAGCCAUACCAUACACAGUGCUAUGCCUUAUCCCAGCCCAAAUUUCUCAUGCUUUGCUCACAAGCCGCAUUUGGUAACAUGAAUUCAUUGGGGUCGCGUUGGCCAUCCACCACAAUCCGAACAGCUACCUCGCCAUCCAAGAAUUGGUGGCUCUGCGACUGAUUGCCCAAUUUGGGAAACCGUACAAUGGUACCGUUUCUCAUGCCUGGCUUCAUGACCACUUUGAUCGGGGAAUUUAUCACAACAACCUUCUUUCCUUCGCAUUCGUAACAUGGCCAUCUAAUGUUCCAGCCACUACCCUUGCAUGCCGUGCAGACACCAUAAAAUUCAAACCCACUGUUUGUGGGAUCAACAUGCUCUCCGAACUCCCCCAAAUGUGAUCUUAGUAAAAAUGUUUCAAUCAAAGUUGUCGUCGUGCCAAACCCCAUUUCCCCC